CAGAGUCAGAGAGACCCAACCACAGUUCAGGAGAAGAACGGCGUCAAGAGCCAAGGCCGCUGCGAUAAUAAUAUGUGAAGUCAAAGACCGAUUACUCCAGUUGUGGCCAUCAGACGCAGGAAGAGAACGAGAGAGAGUAGCGUUUGAGUUUCAUAAUCAACCUCUGGGUGCAAUUUGAGAAUCGCAACAAUGUGGAAACUACGCGAAAUACAGGACAAAGUCACCAACGUGGUCAUGAGCUAUACGGAGGUAGAGGCCAAAGUCAGAGAGGCGACGAACGAAGAUCCUUGGGGACCACAUGGAACAAUCAUGAGUGAAAUUGCUGCGUACACAUACACGUACGAGCAGUUCCCCGAAGCCAUGUCAAUGCUUUGGAAACGAAUGCUGGACAAGAGCCCGAAUUGGCGACGCACGUAUAAGAGUUUGCUGUUGCUGACGUACUUGGUGAGAAACGGCUCGGAGAAAGUAGUGACAAGUGCUAGAGAGCACCUUUAUGACCUGCGGGCGUUGGAGAAUUACAAGUUUGUUGAUGAAGUGGGCAAGGAUCAGGGUGUCAACAUUCGUAACAAAGUCAAAGACUUGGUAGCGCUGGUCCAAGACUCUGCUCGUCUUCGAGAUGAGCGGCGUGCGGCCAAGAAGACCAGGGACAAGUAUGUCGGUGUGUCCUCUGGCCAGCAGAGUAGCUACAGUGGAGGAAGCGAGCCCUAUGAUCAGUAUGGCGGGGGCGGGGGCCGAGCAGGAGCAUUCCACGAUGCCACGCCUGACGCAUCUCCGCGCCGCACUCGCAAGCCAGUCACGGCGGAGUAUCAUGAUAGUGAAGAGGACGGAGCAGCACCGCCGGAACGCUUCAGCCCCUUCCGCGAUGUUGAUAGCCCGCCUCGUGCAAGUCCAUUAGCAACUCGCUCCAAGAAACCGUCAUCCGCCAAGACACUCGACAUGGGCAAAGCAGCCAACCUGGCUGCAUCCAACAAAGCAGCACCGGCUGCCGCACAGCCCCCUGCGCAGCAGCAGGCCAGCAGUUUACUUGACAUUGCUGGCGGCACGGAAACCUCGGAUCCAUUCGGUUUGCGCGGCCAAGCGCCUGAUGACUUUACCGACUUAGCAUCAGCGCGUUCAACAGGUGUUGCUCAGCCUGCCGCUCCCGGCGGUAAUGGAUUUACGGACUUCACAGACUUCCAAUCUUCAACGUCAACGUCCGCUAAUAGUUCUUUCGUGAGUGCACAGCCUGCUGCACCUGCACAGCCGUCAGCGACACCUCUCAUGCCUGGGUAUUCUCCACAGCAAGUUUUGAUGCCGAUGGGCUCCACAUCACAGCCAGCAACUUCAACUGCCGCCAUGUCCACGCCUGUCAGUGCUGCAGAGCCUGCAAAACCCAGCAGUGACCUGCACAAGUGGACAGACUCCACCGGUGUUAACAUUAGCUUGGAUUUUGGUAACAAGGGUGGCGCUGACAAGAAGAUGCCUACAAAGAAAGUGUCGAUGAAUGAGCUGAUGGCAGUACCGGCAGCUGGACCUGGUGUAGGUGCCACCAUGUCUGCCAACCCGUCCGCUGCUGCAAUGGGCAUGCAAGCUGGUGGUAUGGGCAUGCAAGCUGGUGGUAUAGGAAUGAAUGCUGGAGUCGCCGGUAUGGGUAUGCAAGCUGGCGUCGGAGUCGGUGCUGGAGGUAUGAUGAUGCAGGGCGGAGGCGCCAACGUUCGCAUGAUGUCACCGGGUAUGCAAGGUGGAAUGAUGUCAUCAUCUCCUGGCAUGCAACGUGGAAUGAUGUCGUCGCCAGGUAUGCAGGCUGGAAUGAUGGCGUCACCAGGCAUGCAAGCCGGAAUGAUGGCCUCACCGGGAAUGCAGGGUGGUAUGAUGCGUCCGCAGGGAGGAAUGCAGGCUGGUGGCGGUUCUGGGAUGAUGAUGGGCGGAAUGAAUCAACAACAAAUGGGAAUGCAAGGUGGUGCUGGUGGCGGUGUCAACAACUAUGGUGGACGACUCCAUUUCUAGAAGAAAUCCCUGCGUCCUGCUGGUCGGGUCGUUAGGUUUAUGUGACAAGUAGAAGAUUAUGAUGGGUUUCCUACUCUUUUUUUGUCCUGUGUGUAGGUUUUUAGCAUGUCGAGACUGGUCUCUCUAGACUUAGGUUGUGUUUUCGUCGUCGAUCCUUGUGAAGCGUGUCAGUUCCCAAUGCCUUCCCUCUUUCUCAAACAAUUUUUAUAAUCUUAUUCACAUGAUCAUGAGGACUUUGCUUUUGGUGGCGUGUGUGCCUUUCUAUUAUAUUUUUAUGCUGCAGUUCUCCAUCUCUCUGUCCCUCUCUCCACAAAUGCCGCUUGGCUUUAUAUAUAUUUUUACAAUCUUCUUGCUCGCUUCUUCUGCUGAGUGCAGCAGGCUUGCACACGCGCACAAAUUAGUAUUUUUUCAAUUCUUGACGUUCGCUCACGUAGGUUUUGCGCCGCUAUGCUAUUAUUAUUGCAACGGGUUGGUGUCUUACACUUGUUUUGUUUUGUGGAGCCUGGGCCGCUCCGUGUGAUACGCCUUUCUUCGCUGGCGUGUAGAAACCGUGCUUGGCCGUCCCUGGCACUUGGGUAGUAGCCUACAUUGUCGUCCUCUUACUGUCAUCGUCUUGUUUGUUUGCUGUUGUGACACCUGAGAUGGGUUUUCAUCUUGAAAGCUUACUACUGUAUUCGUUUCUUCGUUUUCCCACUUGUGGUAUCUUG